CGAAUCGAUUGUGAAAAAUAUAAGUGAUCAUAUGUGAGUCGAUUCAGUCUGUUAUGAUGUGACGUGUGCUAUUCCGUCAGCGGUUGUUUAGUACUACCCACGUGUACAGCAUUUUGCAGGACCGUCAAGCACAGAAAGAAGGUAAGUCGGAUCUUAUGAGGAUUGACUAUGGAGUCAGUUGUUGCAGAGGAGUUUACUGUAGAAGCAGUCGAAAGGGCUCUUCGGCAACUCUAUUAUGAUCCUGAUAUGAGCCAGAAGAAUGUAGCUCAGAAGUGGCUAACACAGGCCCAGGCAUCAUCACAGGCAUGGCACUUCUGCUGGGCUUUACUCCAACCAGACAAGGUUCCUGAGAUACAGUUUUUUGGAGCCAGCACGUUGCAUGUUAAGAUCUCCAAACAUUGGUCUGACCUUCCCUCUGGUCAGCUGGACACCCUCCGCUCUCAACUCAUCGCACAGGUCAUCCAGUUUGCUUCGGGACCCAAGAUGGUGCUCACCAGACUCUGUGUUGCUUUGGCCUCUUUGGUCUUUCAUAUUUUACCAGAAGCUUGGCCAACUGCAGUCCGAGAUCUUCUACGUGCUUUCCAAACAGGGGAGGGCGUGACAGAGGCUGACGAUCAAACCCGAUGCCUCGCUCUCCUAGAGAUCCUUGUGGUUCUGCCCGAGGAGCUUCUAAGUAGCAGGAUCCCAGGCUCUCGGCGUUCCCAGGUAAAAAGCGCCCUAGCUGUGGAGUGGUGCUCGGUCUGCCCCCUACUUCAGCAGCUACUGCAGAGGGCUGACGCACCUGGUCAGGUUAGAGAGCGCGUGCUGAGAUGUGUGUCAUCGUGGCUCACGCUGGAUAUCAGUUUAAAAGACAGCGAAGGGGUGUUGCAGAGUUGCUUUACCCUGCUGAAGGACUCUGAGCUGUUUGAUACGGCUGUGGAGACCAUUGUCAGCAUCAUCUCACAGCCUGAUUGCCAGAGGUUUGCAGAUAGUCUGUUGAAGAUUGUGCCCCAGGUGCUCGGGCUUCAGGAACAGCAGAAGAAAGCUGUGCAGGAUGGAGACAUGGAGACCUUACAUGGAAUCUGUCGCAUUGCUGUCGCUUUAGGAGAAACUCAUUGCAGGACUCUUCUGGAGCAGGUGGAUCACUGGCAGUGCUUUCAGGCUCUGGUUAACAUGAUUCUCUCCUGUACUGGGAUACCAGGACACUAUCCUGUGGAUGAGACUUCCAGCUCUCUCACGCUCACGUUCUGGUACACCCUGCAGGAUGAUAUUACAUCAUUAGAUGCUGAAAGGCAGACGCUCUAUCUGCAGAUCUACAGACCUGUGUACUUCCAGCUGGUGGAUGUUCUUCUCCAGAAAGCUUGUUUUCCUACUGAUGAGGAAUACAUGACAUGGUCUGCAGAUGACAAGGAGCAGUUCAGAACCUACAGGGUGGACAUCUCAGAUACUCUGAUGUGUGUAUAUGAGCUUCUGGGCCCUGAGCUUCUCAGAAACCUGUAUGAUAAGCUAGGCGCUCUUUUGACGGAUACAGCACACCCCUCCUCAUGGCAGGAUAUAGAGGCACUGUUGUUUGGCUUUCAAUCCAUUUCUGAGACAGUAGAUGUCAGUUACUCAGACGUCAUUCCAGGACUGAUCGGACUGAUUCCGCUGAUCACAGCCAACAGUAUUCAGCUGGCCGAGACCAUCAUGUACACCAUUGGUUCUUUGGCUGAAUGGUUGUCUGAUCAUUCGCUCAUGUUGGCGAGCGUUCUGCCUGUGGUUUUACACGCUCUCCCCAAUCCUGAGCUGUCGGUGGCUUGUGUCUCAGCUCUGAAGAGAAUCUGCAGAGAAUGUCGACAUGACCUUUAUCCUCACGCUGAUGACAUCAUGAGUGUCUCACUGGAAGUCCUUGUCAAAGACAUCCAUAAAAGUACACAGUGUAUGUGGCUGAUGCAGGCGUUGGGUUUUCUGCUGUCAUCCCUGCCGAGUGAAGACAUUCCAGGGAAGCUGCUUUCUCUGGUCACCCCACAAAUCCAACAGCUUGAGAAACUGGCCGAUGAGACGCCCAGCUCUACUAAUACACUUGCUAUUGUCCAGAUCCUUGGCCUCCUGUCCAGUCUCUUCUCCACAUUGGAUUUAAAUAAGCAUAGUGGAAGACUGGAUGUCAUGAGAACGAGCCAAAUACAGCCAUGUAACCCGGUGGUGGUUAUCCUGCAGCAAAUUUUUCCUUUGAUCCAUACCAUUGUCAACAAGUGGCUCAAUGCACCAGAGGUGGUGAAGGCAGUGUGUGCAGUUUUCGAAAAAUCACUGAAGACCCUCAUGCAUGACUUUUCGCCCCUGGUGACACAACUCUGUGAGCUUAUCGGUCAGAUAUACAAUGCCAACCCACAAUCCUCUGUUUUAGACGUCACACAACAGUUAGUUGACGUAUUUAGCUGCGAGAAAGAUCUAUUUUCUCCAAUCACUCAUCUGCUGGAGCUUAUCACCAAUAUUACCAUGUCGAUUUUUCAGAUUGGCUCUAGAGAUCAUCCAGAUGUGGUGGAGUCAUUUAUGCAGCUUCACGCUCAGGUUUUGCGAAGAAAGCCUGACGUUUAUGUUACAGAAAGACUUGAUAUUAAAGCCGUUUUCUACUGUGGAAUCUUGUCAUUCAAAUUCCCUGAGACUCCAACACUGAAGGCAACCUGUCUGCUUUUUUCGGAGUUGGUCUCUCACUGUGAGGAUAUCCCGGCAGUGAGAGAGGUGCUACAAGAGGAUGGGAAGCUGCUGCUUCAGACCUUACUGGAGUGUAUUGGAAGUCAAUCUCCACAGAGUCUAACCGAGGACUUUGCAGAGGUCUUAUUCUCAGUGAGCUGUAACUGUCCCAGUGUUCUCUCGCUGUGGCUCAGAGAAGUUCUUCUCCCUCCUGGCUUCCCAAGCUCACAUCUCACCUCCGAGCACAAGGAGCAAUUCUGCCAGCAGAUCCUCAGGGAACAAGUGAACAAGAGACGAUUGAAGGACAUUGUGAAGGAGUUUGCUCUGUUAAUUCGGGGUCUACAGGGCACUGAGUAUGCAGAGAGUUAUUGAACCUAAAAGUCGGUUUUCAGUUCAACGGGGGUUUAAAAGGAUACAAGAAUUACCUUUCUAAAUAAAAUUGUACUAUUAUGUAGUAUUCAGCCAUACUGACGACACAUUGUGAAUGAUUGAAAUAACUGGGUUGGACUUGAUUGGAAAAAUAAAUGAUUGGAUAAUAUGUUCAUCUGCCAGCAAAUGUAUAUGGUAAGCCAGUGCCUUACCAGGCACAAACUUACUCUUGAUCCCAAAAUGCUUUCAACCAAACCUUCUGAUCUGGAAUAAGAUGCUACUGGCAAUUUUUAUUUUUGAACAAAUCUCUUAAAGGUCUAUGCUAAACGUUAUCAAUAAUUAAUAUACAUUACCUAUACAUAACUGAAAAUUCUCUCAUUGUUUACUCACCCUCUUGUCAUUUCAAAUCUUAUUGGCUUUCUUUCUACCGCAGAACAAAAAACAAGAUAUUUUAAAUAAAGUUGGUAACUGAACAGCACUGGACCCCCUUCACUUCUAUUGC